AUGUCUAGAGGAAAUCAAGGCUCAUCUGCUGCUCUUGAUAGCUGUGCUUUCCUGGGAGAAGAAGAGAGAAAAAGUCUUUAUGAGGAUGGUGAUGUAGUUAUCGGGGGUCUAUUCCCUCUGCAUUACAGUCCUGUGUCAUCUCCUCUCACAUAUAACGUAAAGCCUACACCUAAUACUUACAACUACUUCAGCGCUCGUGCCCUGCGCUGGAUGCAGACCAUGACUUUUGCGAUCAAAGAGAUAAACGGACGGGCGGAUCUCCUGCCACGACUCAAGCUGGGUUUCCACAUCCGUGACAGCUGCGAUGAUAUACCCGUUUCCCUGAGAGCGUCCUUCCUGCUGGCGAACGGACAGCCGGAGGGCUCGAAGGGAAAUGCGAGUCAGGAUGAAGCCGCUGGUUUAGGAUGCGAGGCUGUCAACAGAACGGUGUCCCCAGUAAUCAUAGGAGACGCUGGCUCUGGUGUCUCUAUGGCUCUGCUACGAAGUCUGGGCUCUUUCCAUAUUCCACUGGUGAGCUAUUUUGCUUCCUGCAGCUGUCUGAGUAAUCAGAGGGAAUUCCCCACAUUCAUGAGGACAAUGCCCAGUGACGCCUUCCAGAUAAAAGCCCUGGCCCAGCUGGUCCGCUACUUUGGCUGGACCUGGGUGGGGGUAAUCGGAGUGGAAUCCGAUUAUGCUCGCUUCGCCAUCCAGCUUUUCCUCAAGGAAUCGGUGCGCUAUGGUGUGUGUGCCGCCUACACACAUUUCUACCCAGUAGGCCCAAGCCACCAGGACAUUGAAAAGCUUCUGAAUGUUAUUCAGAUGACUUCUUCAAAAGUCAUCAUUAAUUUUUCGGGUGAGGCAGAGAUGCAGGACAUCCUCAGAGAGAUGCAACGUCGAAAUCUAACCGGGUUCCAGUGGAUCGCCAGUGAGGCCUGGGCCACCUCCAAGUCGCUGUGGGAAAACUCGGCCAAUCUUCUGAAGGGAACUCUGGGAUUUGCCAUCCAGAGAGCUGCUGUGAUUCCUGGGCUGCAGCAACACCUCGCGGCUCUCACACCAUCGGCCAUUCAUCGAAUCGCUUUCUUGGCUGAAUUCUGGGAGGAAACGUUCAACUGUCGGCUGAACGGGUCUGCCAACGCUCACAAUCACGGGUUGGGAAGCCAACAAAGCAGAACACCAUGCAAGGGGACUGAAGCCUUACGCGACGUUUACUCUCCGUAUUCUGAUGUGACACAACUACGAGUUUCAUACAACGUCUACAAAGCCGUGUAUCUCGUAGCCUACGCCUUGCAAGAUAUGAGUAACUGCAAAGCUGGAGAGGGGCCGUUCGUCAGAAACACUUGUGCAGAUCCAAAGAAUUUUAAACCCUGGCAGCUUCUUCACUACAUGAAGCUUGCAAAUUUUUCCGCACUGGGGGAGGAAGUCAACUUUGAUCAGAAUGGUGACCCAAUUGCUUAUUACGAUCUGAUGAACUGGCAGACGGGACCUGGCGGCUCUCUGGAUUUGGUGAAAGUUGGUUUUUAUGACGCCUCGCUUCCCGCUGGAAGCAGCUUGGUCAUAAACGACUCGGUGAUCAUGUGGCCGGUGGGAAAGCAGGCUCUGCGGUCUGUGUGCAGCAACAGCUGUCCUCCAGGUUCCCGUAUUGCCAGGAGAAAAGGGGAACCUGUCUGCUGUUAUGAUUGUGUGCCCUGUGCCGAAGGAGAAUUUAGUAAUACAACCGAUUCUUUAGAUUGCUCACGUUGUUCCGGGGACAUGUGGCCCAACAGAGCCAGAGAUCUCUGCAUCCCUAAAACAGUGGAGUAUCUGUCUUACCAUGAGUUCAUGGGGGUUCUGCUGAGUGCUGCCUCGGUUCUGGGAGCUGCCGUUUCCCUGGCCAUAAUUGCCAUAUUCUACACAUAUAAGGACACAGCUCUCGUUCGAGCCAAUAACAUGGAGUUGAGCUUCCUCCUGUUGGUGUUUCUCACCAUAUGCUUCCUUGUCGGUCUGCUGUUCCUUGGUAAGCCUUCAGAGUGGCUGUGUCGGAUCAGGUAUCCGGCUUUUGGGAUCAGUUUUGCGCUCUGCCUUUCGUGUCUUCUAGCCAAGACAGUGGUGGUUCUAAUGGCGUUUAGGUCGAGAUUACCAGGAAGUCCUGUCAUGAAAUGGUUUGGAACCAAACAACAGAGAGCCAGCGUGCUUUUGGGAACUGCUGUCCAGGUUAUUGUCUGUUUUAUUUGGUUGCUCACCAGUCCGCCUUAUGCCAAUCACAAUACGGACUACCACAGCUCUACAAUCAUCGUCGAAUGUGUGACUGGUUCAGACGUCGGCUUCUGGCUCGUUCUUGGAUACAUUGGAGUCCUGGCUUGCAUGUGCCUCCUGUUGGCCUUUUUGGCACGGAAGCUGCCCGAUAAUUUUAAUGAGGCGAAGUUCAUCACCUUCAGCAUCCUCAUUUUCUUUGCUGUUUGGGUUACUUUUAUCCCAGUUUACAUGAGCACUGUAGGAAAAUACAUCGUAGCUGUCCAUGUUUUUGCUAUUUUAGCCUCAGCCUUAGGACUUCUCCUUUGCAUUUUUGCUCCAAAGUGCUACAUCAUUUUGCUUAAACCUGAAAAGAACAGUAAAAAAUUUCUAAUACAAAGGUAGAAAGAAACAACUGCAGCACAUUUCAAAAAUGUAAGGGACUCAAUUUUAGACUAUACAAAACAUUUGUCUGAAGAAUCGUAAAAUCUGCAAAUGGCAUGACUGUCAUCAAACAACCAAAGAUGGAACAUUAUAGAAACAAGAUCAGACCAAGAACAAGUUUUCCACUGAGAACUUUCAACAUUUUCACAUUUAUUUUUUACUUAGUCAUGUGACUUUGGGUAAUUUUGUUACUAAAAGUACAGCUCAUUUAUGUCCAACUUCUCAAAUUAAAAUUUGAUUAUGAAAUAUAAAUCACUGACAGCUAAGAUUUCUACAGCAUCUCACAAAAGUGAGCACAUCCUUGACAAUUUUGUAAAUAUUUUAUUAUGUUUUUUCAUGGAACUGAUGAUACUGGAUGUCGGCACCUCAUGGGAAAGAACAUGUAGACCAGUGGCUC